AUGAACGUUCCUCCGAGCGUGUCGCCUGCACAAGUGGCAGGCAAACGCAAAUCGGACGACUCACAUUGCCGUCGCAUCCGGCCGCACUCGCAGGAUUCUGGAUCUGAUCCUCCCGCCGGCGCUGGACCUGCCACGGCGGCUCCGUCGGGUGCCGCUCUUGCUAUGGACACGGAGGUGGUUCAGCCCCCCGUGUUUUCUAGUGCAAAGUGUGACUGGGCGGCGGACGUGGAGGUGGAUGAAAGGACUGGCAGCGAUUGUGUAUGCUAUCUUGUGUAUGGUGGCUCCAGCGGAGGCCGUGUCGGCGACAUUAUCCGUGCUCUGCGGGGAUCACCGGCCAGAAAUAAGUGGGAGUACCGCAUGCCGCACACUGACUGGCGAACAGUUUGGCGAAACAUCGCCACACCCGUCCUUCCUGCCCCUGUUAGAGCGACGUGGUAUAAGGUCGUCAAUGGUACGAUAUCUACAAAUGCUAAACUGCACUCUAUUCAUCUGAGUCCAUCCCCCGCCUGCGAAGAGUGCCAUGACGAAGAUACCAUUGAACAUCGUUUCGUGUGCCGUCAGUUCCGAGCUGUGUGGGACACUGCUCGCGAUAUGGACUGUCCGAAACGUAGUCGCCCUGUGCAAUUACCACGGACGGACGGUCAGGACGAGGUGACGUGGGCGGCGGUCGCGCUUGGCGCCUCCCCCGCACGUGCGCAUCGUGUGUCUGACCCUGAGGUUGCGGCUGACGCUGUUGCUAUGGACGUUACACCUUCCGUUCCUGUUGCUGAUAGCUCCCCGGCGUUGCCUGUGAUUUCUGUGCCCGCACCUGUGGAGGCCCCGUUGCCUGCUCCCACAGCUGUCGAUAGAAUUGAACCACCGAUAGUGUCUGAACCCGCACCGGCAGCUGUAACGCUGUCCGUGUCGGAACCCGUUCCGGAGGCUGCUCCCUCUGUUGUGACUGAGAAUGUGUCUGCUGUAGCCACCGUUGUUGUCGAAAGUGAGGAGCGUCUUGCCGCCCCCGCGGAACCUAAACCGCGUCGGGAAAGGCCGAUUGAGAGAGCUGACAACGUCCCCCGCUUUCGAAGCGCUAGUAUUUCGGGUGUUUCUUCUCGUAAGGGGCGAACGCCGUCCCCGGUGGUGACUUGCGUCCCACCCUACAAGUCCACCUCAAAACAGAAGAAAUUGCAACGGGCCUCGCAGCGCGCGGCUGUUGACUCGCGGCAGGUGUCGGCUGCCGAUCGCCAUCGGCAGCGGCCUGCCGCUCACAGUCAGCCUGAGGCGUCCGUGAGUUCCGCAGAUUUUAAGAGGGACGAGACAGUUCGUCAGCUCAAAGUUUUCCUCACUCAAACGGACCCUGUCGUGACAACCGAUACGGCGAUGAACGUUCCUCCGAGCGUGUCGCCUGCACAAGUGGCAGGCAAACGCAAAUCGGACGACUCACAUUGCCGUCGCAUCCGGCCGCACUCGCAGGAUUCUGGAUCUGAUCCUCCCGCCGGCGCUGGACCUGCCACGGCGGCUCCGUCGGGUGCCGCUCUUGCUAUGGACACGGAGGUGGUUCAGCCCCCCGUGUUUUCUAGUGCAAAGUGUGACUGGGCGGCGGACGUGGAGGUGGAUGAAAGGACUGGCAGCGGUACGUAA